AUGAGCGCAGGCAAAGGCCUCCCCCUGCUGCUGCCCCUGGCCCUGCUGCUGGUCGCUGCCUCCGGGCCCGGGGGGGGAGACCCCCCGAGGGAGCAGGGGGACGCUGACCCCCCGCGCUGCCCCAGCCCCUGUGCCUGCAGCUUGGACGAGUACAGCGAGGAGCUGAACGUCUUCUGCAGCGCUCGCAACCUGUCACGGCUGCCCGAGGACGUGCCCCACAACGCCCGAGCCCUGGACGGAAACACCCUGCCCACGCUGCCAGCUGCAGCCUUCAGGAACCUGUCCGCCCUGGACUUCCUGGACCUGCAGAGCAGCCAGCUGGGCAGCGUGGAGCAGCACGCCUUCCACGGGCUCAGGAGCCUCUGCCACCUGCGCCUAGAGCGCAACCGCCUCAGGCACCUGGCUCCGCAUACCUUCCUGCACACCCAGAACCUCGUGUUCCUCAGCCUCAACAACAACCACUUCAGCAAGGUGGAGGAAGGGCUGUUUGCUGGGCUCUCCAACCUCUGGUACCUGAAUCUGGGCUGGAACUCACUGGUGGUCCUGCCUGACAAGGUCUUCCACGACUUGCCCAACUUGAGGGAGCUGAUCCUGGCCGGGAACAAGCUCCCCUACCUCCAGCACCAGCUCUUCUGCAGCCUCACCGAGCUGAAGGAGCUGGACCUGAGCGGGAACGCGCUCAAGGGCAUCAAGAUCAACAUCUUCGUCAAGCUGCAGAAGCUGCAGAAGCUGUACCUGAACCACAACCAGAUCACUGCCAUCGCCCCCCGAGCCUUCAUGGGCAUGAAGUCUCUGCGGUGGCUGGACCUGUCCCACAACCGCCUGGUCUCGCUCUAUGAGGAAACCUUCCUGGGCCUCCUCAGCCUGCACGUCCUGCGCCUGUCCACCAACGCCAUCGCCAGCCUGAGGCCCAGGACCUUCAAAGACCUCCAGUUCCUGGAGGAGCUGCAGCUGGGGCACAACCGGAUCCGGAGCCUGGCGGAAAGGACCUUUGAGGGGCUGGGGCAGCUGGAGGUGCUCAGCCUCAACAACAACCAGCUGCAGGACAUCAGGCCUGGGGCCUUCCUGGGGCUGUACAACGUGGCGGUCAUGCACUUGUCUGCCAACUGCAUCAAGGUCCUCCCUGACUUUGUCUUCAAGGGGGUCACCAAGCUGCACAGCCUCCACCUGGAGCACAGCUGCGUGGGCAGGAUCCGGGCAAACACCUUCUCUGGCCUGUCCAGCCUGCGGCGUCUCUUCCUGCAGCACAACACCAUCUCCCUCAUCGAAGACCAGAGCUUCAGCGAACUGCAUGAGCUCCUGGAGCUCGACCUGAAGCACAACAGGCUGAGCCACCUCUCACCGCAGCUCUUCGUGGGUCUGAGCAACCUGGAGUACCUUUUCCUCUCCUCCAACCAGCUCCUGGAGAUCUCCCAGGACACCUUCAGCACACUCCAGAGACUCUUCUGGCUCGACCUCUCCCAUAACCAGCUGGAGACACUGGACAACACUGUCAUCUCUCCCCUGGGCAGCCUGAGGUACCUCAACUUGAGGAACAACUCCCUGGAGACCUUCUCGGUGGCUUUCCUGUGCGCCCCCUUCGCCCUGGAGCAGCUCUGGCUGGGGGGCAACAACUGGCACUGCAACUGCUCCCUGAAGGGCCUGAGGGACUUCUCCCUGCAGCACCCCAUGGUGGUGCCACGCUUCGUGCAGUCUGUGGCCGAGGGGGACGACACCCACGUCCCCAUCUACACCUACAACAACCUGACCUGCCUGCAGCCCCCAGCCCUGGCGGGCCUGGACCUCCGGGACACCUCUGAGGAGAGCUUCGCUCACUGCUGA